AUGACAGCAGCAGUAGGGGCACUACCUCCAUUGGGGGCAGUGUCCGCCAUCGACCGUUUGCAGGAAGCAAAGCGCCGCUUUGCUCUGGUAGAGAGCUAUUCCGCAUUGAGUCGUUCGCCUGAACUGCUUGCUGCUGCUCCGCGCCCGAUCGUGCCGCAGCAACGGGCAUGCUUAAGUUCUUCCUUGGUGGCAAAUGCUGCAACGGCCAUGGCGGGCGGGAAGCAGGAGAGAGCACGUGGCACCGUGCCACAUGUCUCGGGUCUCUCAAGUAUACGUCGGCAUUCGGCAGGGGAAUCUGAGACAAACAGCGUCUUGACGUGGAACUUGUUGAACUCCAACUGUCGUAACUCGCCUACUGGUGCGGCGCUAGCUGCUGCGGGGGUGGGGUCCUCACCGGCAGCGGCAUCUUCUUGGGUUGCCGGCAGCGAGGAGGCAGGCAGCAAUAGCCCACCGACGGCAACGGCAUUGGAUGCCAGUACGGGCACUGGCAACGCCGGUGUUUUUGAUGAAGCCGUCGCCAUGCCAACGGCUUCACGUGGGCAGAAGGAACACUGUGCGGGUGACAUGGAAACACACGACUUUUAUAGACGGCGCCACGAGGCACAACGCAUGGAGCUGGUAAAGCGGGAGGGGGACUGCCGCCGACGACGCGAUACGUGCCGCGCGGCGGUGAAGCAGAUUAUAUCACAUUCGAUGCGGUUGGCGUAUGCGAUGGAGCUGCAGCGGCGCACCUACAACGAGGUCAUGCGGCGGGUGUGGGAGCCCUUCACAUUCACGGAGCCGACGUUGACACCUGCUGCCGUGCCACCACGGCACUCGAAACUUUCACAACUUUUUUCCCCACCCGAGGGGAAGACUAGAGGCGCACCCGACGGUUCCACUCCCGCCGAAAGCGGGGCGCAGAUUGCACUGAAGAUGCUGAAGUUCAAGUUUAUGUCCGACAGCUCUCCGUCAACCAGUACGUCAAGUAAACCGCCUUGCGUAAAAGCGGCCGUGCCGGUGCUGGAGGCCGAGGCUCCAGCUGCAGUGGAGUCACCGUCAGGAGUAACGGCCCUAUCUGCAGAAGAGGUGCUUCUGAACGUCAACGAAGCAAAUACCAACGUCGACGGCGAUGACGAUGACGAAUACGCUAGAAAGCGGUGCAGUAGCACGGAGGAGGUUGCUGCAGUCUCGCCCCCAGUAGACCAUGGGGAGUUCACGUCAUUUUACCCAAGCCUGGCCACGGAAGCUGCUACGGCAUCGACCGAGGUUUAUAACAGCCGUAUUCGGCACACACGCGAACAGAACAACAAGGAAAAAGGCCUUGCAGCUGACACCCAACUUCCUGCUUUGGGUAGAGGAUGUUUGACAGGCGAAGAGCAGCGUGCUUUGAAACUUCUUUCAACGGUUUGUGUGCUGCGUCGUCAGACGGAAGAGCUUACGGUUGCGGUGCUUCAUACUGCAGGUGAAUGGGGCUGUUGGGAGUCAACAGGCGCAAGUAACUUUCGUGGACUUUUUUUGUCACCAAAUAAGGCACUGUGUAUUCCGCGGGAGGAAGAAGAGGUGGAGUCGCUCUUGGCGGCCUCGAAAGAGGCGAAAGCGGACGUCAUGUGCCCUGUCACAGCGGCCUUGAAGCAUCAGUGUCUCUUCAGGCGUUUGCUACCGCCCCCUCCACCGGUUUCCGUGCAGCUUGAGGCCUUUAAAUUGUCUGGAAUGCGGCUGCAAAGGAUACCAGGCCAAGACCAACGACGGCAGCGGCAACGGCAGCAAGAAGCGGGGCUGCAAACAACGGUGACGGGUUACAAUGACAGGGAGGCCCUCAUGGAUGGAGAGGCUUGUUUGCGGCCUGUAACCGCGACAGCAGAAAAGAGGAGGGAGGAACAGGAGAAGUUUCAAAACUUGGUUUCUUGUUUGGAUUUGAGGCGUUUCCGUCCCACUAUAUCGUCAUCAUCCACAUCUACAUCUGCAUCUUCGCCUUUAGCCACAUCCUCAUCAGCUGGCUCGCUGUAUUCUUCGUCCACGUGCUCUGAGAGCCCUACGGCUAGUGGAAGCCACGUUGACUUGACAGCCUCCUCCACCUCAUCUACGUUUUCUUCCACUGAAGUGACGACUACGGUCGAGACGUGGAGUGGAGAGGAUGGAAAUACGAAUGUGCUGCUGAGGAGUAAUACAAGAGAAGAGGAGGACGAGAAUGCAGAUGAGAGGAAAGGAGUGAAAGGGAGGGACAAUCUUCUUUGUGCCUCCCACCAGGGGGGGCCUUUGCCAGUGGGGCCGCCUGAGAAAUUCACGAGUUUUUCUGUGGCGCCAAGGAUGGCAGAGGAUUUUAAUGACACUGCCUUCAUCCCUAUCUUUCACGCGGAAGAGAUCAGCAAUAGAUCACGCCGACGUGGCGGAAAGACAAGGGACGUGGCGAAGCGCAUACUUUCAUUCUUUUCAUUUGGUGCUUGUUGUGGAGGAGGAGGCCGCGGCGCCACUGUCAGUGGGCGGAAGCAGGACAAUCCAACGCUGCUCCGAGAGAAAGAGACCCGUCGUUAG